AGAGGGACACUGCCUCUGGCCAUGGAGGCUCUAUAUGGCCACCAUGGCUAACGGCUGUGGACAGACCUUUCUCCUCCUCCAUUAAUUUGUCUAGCCCCCUUUUAAUGCCGGUGGUCAUCACCACAUAUUGUAGGAGCAAAUUCCAUCAGUCAGAAGGUCCAUGCUGUGUGGAGACAGCCUCUCUUUGGCCUGCCCUGCUCUUGCGGCACAUCCAUGCCUUUCAGAUGGAAGGCCUCUUGGCUGCAGCUGUUCUGGAGCCAUCUUCCAGAUCAUCCAGAGCAUCCGCCUCGGUGGCUAAGGGGGCAAGGGGUGCGGCGUCCUCCCCGCUGCCAAGGAGCAUCCUCUCAGGGAUGGCGGGAUGGGUGCCCUCUGGGCCUGCCGACUGCCCCAGGACGGUCUGCCUCCAGCUGCUGCCAAGACCUGGGCCUCUCCCCGCCGCCACCCUGCAGCACCCCAAUGCUGCUGAAAGGCCACCCACGGCUCUGGAGGUGCGGGUGGCUCCCGUGGGACUCUGGCCUGGACUGCGGCUGGCUUGCCCGUGGGCCACGGAAGGCCUUGGGGGCUGGGAGGUGGCUCUUCCUGGAGCUCAAGCCGCGUAUGGUGGUGGUGAUGGGGUCGGGCCAGCCUGCCUCGCCUCCGCCCUUGGUUCCGGGGCAGGAGAACAGUGUCGGUGGGUGGGCAGGGAGGGGAGGGGUUUUUGACUCGGCCCCUCAACCCUUUGACCGCUGAGCUGCUGAAUAAAAACCUUUUGC